AUGGUGACCGUUGAACAUAUCAAAUAUGUGGCCGGCCAGGCUUCAGCCGCAACAUGGCCUUUCUGUGCGCUGGCCACUAUACUCUUCUUCAUGCGAAUAUUUUCCUGCUGGAGACUCAAGAACCAGCCCCGCGCUUGGGAAGAUUUGAUACUUCUGGUCUCUUGGUGCUUUGAGAUUAUUCAAGCCGGGAUCUUCCAGAAACAACUAAAUGAAGCAAAGGCUCUAGACCUUGCCCGUGCACCUGAAACCAUACCGGGAGCUGUCUUCUGGGCGAUUUUGAUGAAUAAUUGGUCCUACUUCAGCAUCGAGUUCCCCAAGAUCGGGAUUGCGCUCAUGGCUACGAACCUAUUCCGUGCAGGACUAUGGACGCGGGUCGCAAUUUGGUCAUUGUGUAUCAUUGUUAAUGUUAUGGCUGCUGUUGGGUUUAUCAUUACCUGGGUCAUGUGCGACCCUGUCCAGGGCCAGUGGGAUCCUUACACACAUCCAAAUGUCAAAUGUUGGCCUCGCUCUGUUCAAAUCGACUUCGCUUGCGUCACAUGCGGCCUAUCAUCACUAUUCAAUAUCGCCCUCUGUAUUUACCCUGCUUCUGUGGUAUGGGGCCUGCAAAUGCCGCGCUGGAAAAAGAUCAGCACUAUGUGCUUGACAGGGCUUGGCUUGGUGGCAUUUAUCUUCUCGCUCAUCAAGCUUUAUUAUAUGAGUAAGCUUGCUGACAGUCCGGAGCCAAUUGAACUUAUCUAUAAAUCCGAGGACCUUGGCAUUUGGAACCGCAUCGAAAAUGACUUUGUGCUUAUGGUCGGCUUGCUACCAUUCGUGCCAGGCUUUUUCAAAUCAUUCGGCGAAUUCGCAAAAUCCCAUACAUCAUCCAUCAGUUACCGUCUACGAUCCAAGACUGGAGAAAGCCAAAGCCGAACAUACGACAGCAAGCCAUCCGAUGUUCGAGAUUCGUUGUCUGAUGGUAGUCUGGUCGAUAAAAAGAUAGCUCGGAGCUUUUAG